AGCACCGCCACGCACGUGGGUCGUCAUGGGUGCCGGGUGGCUGUUCCCGGCAGCUGACCCUGGGCUAGUCAGCUGUACUUGAGUGGAGAUUUCUGUAUAGCACUGGGGAAAGCGGCGGUCUGUUUUGGGAGGGCUUCUGGGCUGUGUAUAUUUUUGGAUAGACACAGCUGGAGAGCCGGAGAGGUUCCGGGUCCUAGUGCCCGUAGAUAUCCGGAGCCAGGGCUUGAGCGCUGGGGCCUGCGGACGCUGAGGCCCAAGCCAAGAGCUUAGCUCCGCGAAGCCGCCCGUGGGGCGCUGAUGGCCGGACGCUCCCUGGGAAAGGCUUUAGCCACGGUGUCUCUCUCAGUGGCCUUGGCCUCUGUGACUGUCAGGUCCUCAGUCUGUCGCAGUAUCCCGGCGUACAGUGUUUUGAAUAUAAAUAUUUUGUUGAAUUCAUUUAUUCCAACAACUUUCUUCAUGGAAUCCUUUGCAUUUUCUACAUAAAAGAAACUCACUUUUAUCCUCUUGGUUUCAUCUUAACUCCAGCAUAAUGUCUAAUUCUAAUGGUGUCAAAGACAAUUCCCACAACAAGGCGAGGACAUCUCCCUACCCAGGUUCAAAAGUUCAAAGAAGCCAGGUUCCUAAUGAGAAAGUAGGCUGGCUCGUUGAGUGGCAGGACUAUAACCCUGUGGAAUAUACUGCAGUUUCUGUUUUGGCUGGUCCCCGGUGGGCAGAUCCUCAAAUCAGUGAAAGUAACUUUUCUCCCAAGUUUAAUGAAAAGGAUGGACACGUUGAGAGAAAGAGUCAGAAUGGCCUGUAUGAGAUUGAAAAUGGAAGACCUCGAAAUCCUGCAGGGCGAACAGGAUUGGUUGGCCGGGGACUUUUGGGGCGAUGGGGCCCAAAUCAUGCUGCAGAUCCUAUUAUAACCAGGUGGAAAAAGGAUAGCAGUGGAAAUAAAGUCACCCACCCUGUUUCUGGCAAAUAUAUCUUACAGUUUGUUGCAAUAAAAAGGAAAGACUGUGGAGAGUGGGCAAUUCCAGGGGGGAUGGUAGAUCCAGGAGAGAAGAUUAGUGCUACACUGAAAAGAGAAUUUGGUGAGGAAGCUCUUAAUUCAUUACAGAAAUCCAGUGCUGAAAAGAGAGAAAUAGAGGAACAGUUGCACAAACUCUUCAGCCAGGAACAUCUAGUGAUAUAUAAGGGAUAUGUUGAUGAUCCUCGAAACACUGAUAAUGCAUGGAUGGAGACAGAAGCUGUGAACUACCAUGAUGAAACAGGUGAGAUAAUGGACAAUCUUACCCUAGAAGCUGGAGAUGAUGCUGGAAAAGUGAAAUGGGUCGACAUCAGUGAUAAACUCAAACUUUAUGCCAGCCACUCCCAAUUCAUCAAACUUGUGACAGAGAAACGAGAUGCACACUGGAGUGAGGACUCUGAAGCCGAGUGCAAUGGGUCAUAGCUUGUGGUGUCCAUGUAAGCCAGAGGCCAGCAAAGGAAUGUGCACUGAAAAGAAGGCAGUGACAGAAUUCAUCCUAUAGAAGGGCAGGGUAGUUCGCUUGGAGGUCAUUUUAUUCACUUUCAAAAUGGUUUGUAUUUAGAAGGUUUUGCAUCGGAAAAAAAUCAGUAAAUACAAUAAAAUGGAAUUUCUACCUUUCUGGUCAAAAGGAUUAGAAAUAGUUAUAUUUUGUAUGUAUUCUACUUAAGCAUGGCUUAACCCAAAUUUAUUAACUGAUGCUCUUGAAGAAUUGUAGUUAGAACAAAGAUAAAUUCCCUAUCAGAUGUAACUCCUGCUUUCUAUCUUGUUCUUGUUUGUUAGUUCUUUUCCUCCCGCAAUCUGAGGUUUGAAGGAUGUUCAUGCCACAUCAAUCUUUCUUUGGAGGAGUAUUUCUGUUGGUUUUGUUGUUUAAUGUCUAAUAUGAUUUUUAUUUAAAUUAUUUGCUUCAUAUUUUGCUUCGUAUGAUCUUGUUGAAGCUGAUUUCAAAAGUGGAAACUGUAUUUUUGUCUUUGAGUCAUCCAUUUUAUAAGAAAAUUUUCAGUUAUUUUGGUCAAUAAAGAUCAAGAUCAAUGAAUAAGAGCUCAUAUUCUCAUUUUUCAGAACUUCUAAAUUAAAAAAAUAUGUCUAGGGAAUUAGUAAUUUAUGGAGAUUUCACUCUACUGCAAUUACUAUAUAUCACAAAUGAAUUAAAGAUGGAUGUAAAAAGGAAUUGAAAUCAGGCAGAGACAGAAAGAGGUUGUUGUGAAUUUAGAGUGCUUUUCAUGAGAAAUGAAUGUUAAGGAUUGAAGUUAGUUUUUGAGAGAUACUUGGUUAAUGUAAAUCAUGGAGGAAAGGAGAGGGUUGGUGUACUAAGGUCUUUUGGAGGCAGGGAAGAGGAAAGAAAAGAAUAUUACUUGUUCCAGUGGACAUGUGUAUCACACUUUGGCUAAGGAUAUCUAUUGGAAAGUCCCAUGGUAUUGACUCCUGACAAACUGCAGUAUGGACUCUCAGAAUUCCUUCUUCCUCACAGUUAAAUUAUAGAUGAGACAUCUAAAGAAAAGGAGGUUUGGGGAAAAGGGGCAUGGUACUUUUUUCAGAUGUUUGAAAAGGGUACCAGGCUUACUGUGUAGCUACCAAGCAGAACUCGGGCUAAGGUAAAACAAAGUGGUGGGUUUUUUGUCUUGAUUGUUGUUGAUUUGAUGUAUUGACUUUUUUGGUGGUAAACCUGAACUGAUCUGGGAAGAGGCUUUUUCCUCUUAGUGUAAGUUUUGCAAAGAAAUAUUGCUAUGUUUGAUUUUAGGAUACCUUGGUCUCUCUGCAAGAGUUAUAUUGUGAGGCUUAAUAUGAUAUUAUUUUAAAAUUUCAUAAAAUCCUGGUCCUUAGGAUUGUGCUCAUUGGUUACCUUUUCCCAAUGUGAAAGAGCUGGCUUCUACUUUUACUGUUUGACAAGAAGUAGUUGCUUCUUCCUGGCAAUAAAUAGAAUUCUUUGAAAUUGAAACUACUUAUGAAAGCUCUCAAAAGAAAGUUUGAGAAAUUGUAUGAAAAUGUCAUUUACUUAAUUUUUAAUAAUUUUGAUAUAUUUGAAGUGAAAUUAAUAAAGACAUUAGAUUGUGUUGAAAUUUUAUUUAAAGUAUGACUGAAGCAGAUGGUUUAUAGAUAACAGAUUCUUUGUGGUAUUUUAGAAUUUUCACUAGAACAUUGACAGAAUAUGAAAAAUGAUAAAACCACUAUCAGCUAUAGAUAAGACAGAUGCAAAUAAUCUUCUGAUAAUUGUAACUAUUCAGCACCAUCUAUAAGAAAGAAAAAUCAGAUUAAAAUGUUAGUUUAAGACCUUCCUGUAGAAACAUCUGGCAUCUCUGUUGCUAGGUUAUGUCCCCUUCAUGUUUGCUUUUCUAAUGUUUUUUAGAUAAUGAAAUUUGUUUUUCUUUUAGAGACUGAGUAAGUAGCAAUGAUAGAUCCCAUUUUCUGAAUAUCUACCUCAUUAUCACUUAAUCCUCACAACAGUCCUAUGAAGUCAGGUGAUAUUCCAUUUUAUAGAUGAAGAAAUUGAGAUUUUGAAAGAUUGCCUAAGAUUUUAUUCAGUAAGGGACAGAGCUUAGGUUUGAAUUCUGGUCUACCUAGUUACAGAAUCUGUUCUCUUCUCUAUUGUACAAUAACCCUACUCAGGUUAUGAAUCUUUUGUGAUUUAUUACUUUAAGGAUGCAGAUAGGAAAAGUAUGUCUUACAUAAAUGAUUCUCAUGUUAGUCAAAAUAAUGCAGUUUGUGACUUGAAAUCUAAGAGCCACUCCUGAUUUGGCUAGCAUUGUUGAAAUUGUUUGCAUAAUUUUGAACUGAAGACAGUUUAUUUGGUAAUAUCUUUUAAUCUAAGAUAUCAGUAUUUGUCUUGCCAGCAGACAUUCUUGAGCUUUUGAAAGAAUUUCCAACUCAAAUAAAAAUGUAUGCUAAGUUUAUGUAAGGUCAUAAUUAUCUUAAAAGCAAAACAUUUGGUAGCUAAAGAGGGAAUUUGAAAAUUCUAGCACUUUUAGAGGCUACUGUUGUUUAGAAGUGUAAGUUCUUUUAUGCAUAGGACUUCUGGUUAUUAUUUUCUCAUAUUUCUGGAGUUUUAGUAAAUAAACUGAUUUAAAAAUACAUCCUUUGAAGAAAUCCUUUGUAAUUAGGUUGUCUUGUUUACACGAUUUCAUCAUAGUAUUAAUAUACCAACAUGGACACAAUCUCAGGUGAUAAAACACUUAUGAUAAAAUAUUUAAAAAUAUAUAACAAUGCUCUCCAAAUAGAAAAAAUACUUAGAGAUUUUACUAACCAUGUAUAAUUUGUGGCAUAACAGUGACAGGAUUAUUUCUGUUGAAAUAGAAAAUACAGAUUAUAGUUAUAUGAAACCUGUCUCUCCCAUUUUAUGGCUAAUGUGUUAAUAUUGAUGUGACUGUGUGGGUUGGGAGUAGAAAAUAAUGUGACUCUGCUGUACUUUAAUGUUGCUAAAUUGGACCUUGAACUGUCUUGUUUACAACAUGGAACUUUAUUUUUCCCACUUUGCCUCUGAGGGCUUUAUAGAAGUAUUUGAAGUGGUAAAAAAAAAAAAAAAAGUACUAAAUUAAGAUGGGUUAAUUCUGCCAUGUGUUUUUAUAGUUCAGAGGAGUUAUUACCUUUC